AUGAUACCGACUUUAAUUUCCUUAUAGAAAGCGUAUAGUAUACAUAUAUGGGAAAAUUUGUAUGUGACAAUUUAAUUUUAAAAGUUAAUAUGAAUGAAAGAAAGAAAAAGGAAAAGGAAGUGGGCGGGAACUCACUAGGAACAUGUCCUGCCCUGGCUUUCCUAGACAUGGCUGUUCGUUUUCCAUGUUAUUUAACAGUACCCCAUCCCCUUCCUUCGCAACUUCAAAAUUACCUAUUGAUCAACAAAUAACAUUUUCACACCACACCCUUAAAAAACAUUGAUUACCUGUUGAUCGAUCAACAAAUUAUGGAUGCCAUUCUCAAGGAGUUUCAACACCUUAAAAUCCAUCUGGAAGCCAUAAAAUCGGCAACAAGCAACUUUGAUAACAGCAAACUAAUCGGAAAAGGUGGAUUCGGUAACGUGUAUGAAGGAGUAUUGUCCGACUCUUAUGGGGAAGAGAUGGUUGCUUUUAAGCGUCUAGAUCGUAACUACGGGCAAGGAGACCCAGAGUUCUGGAAAGAGAUACUAAUACUUUCCAGUUACACACAUGAAAAUCUCAUCUCUCUGUUGGGAUUUUGCAACGAGGAUGGACAGAAAAUUCUUGUGUACGAUCGUGCAUCUCGUGGAAGCCUCGAUCGCCAUCUGAGUGCCACAACUCUCACGUGGAGGCAACGUCUGAAGAUAUGCCUUGGGGCUGCAACUGGACUGUGCUAUCUUCAUGAUCCCAAGGAGUCACAACAAAGAGUUAUCCACCGUGAUAUUAAAAGCUCUAACAUCCUAAUAGGUGAGAACUGGAAUGCUAAAGUUUCUGACAUGGGACUGUCGAAACUAGGACCCGCUAAUCAGAAACACACAAUUCUUAUCUCCAAUGUGGUUGGUACCAUAGGGUACAUAGAUCCGGUAUAUAUGGAGACAUGCAUCCUAACAAAAGAGUCGGACGUUUACUCUUUUGGUGUCGUCUUGUUUGAAGUAUUGUGUGGGAGACUAUGCUUCGAAUACAAGAACGGUCGUUUUCAGAGUUUAGUAGGGAUGUGGAAAAAAAGCUACAAACAAAAGAAAUUAAACGAGAUUAUCUUUGAAGAUCUGAAGCAACAAAUGGAUCAGAGGUCACUAGAAACAUUUUCAGACAUUGCGUACCGAUGUUUGCAAAAAUCUCGUGAACAACGGCCAAUGAUAUCUCACGUUGUGGAAAAACUUGAGAUUGCACUCCGGUUUCAGGAAAUCGGUGACCAUGUGGAACCAUUAAUGGAUUAUGAAGAGAUAAUUAAGACUGCGGUGCCUUCUCUUGCCAACAGCUCUACUGAGGAGCUAAAGAUGCAUCUCUUAAAAGGAAUCUCAGUUGACAAGGGCACAACGUGGUUUAUAAAUGAGAAUGGAGAACAUUGUGAAAUGAUAUUCGCAAGAAAAUGUUUGGAAGCUAUUCGCAAACCAGAAGCUCCAUUUGACUAUUGCACGGAUUAUGCCGAACUUUCAAGUCGUAACAUCCGACCAUUUUUUUAUAAGGAAUUCAAAACACAUGUCAUAGCACAAUUUUUGUCACUACAUGCCACAUACACAGUAAACCUUUUCUUCUUUCUGGACCCCAAACUAAAAUAUACGGACUGUGAUGUAAUCCUCAAGUACAUAUUGGCUGGGGAGACAAAGCAUUCGACUUCAUAUUUGGCAGAUGACGUAGGAGAUGGGUGGUUGAUAGCGGAAUUGUAUCAGUUUACCAGCACCACGAGAACUAUUGAACUUGAAAUUACUUUUGAAAGCUCACAUUCAAUUGCAGUAAAUAGCAUCGUGUUUCUACCCCUAGAGAGAGUGGAAGAUAAAGCGCGAGAGGAGGAUGAGAAGGUAUCCAUAUUAGAAUCAGACACAGAUUGGGAACUAAAUUUGCCACAUGAUUGGGUAGAGAUAUUCUGUUGGUCAAAAGAUGCUUUGCAAUGUACAACAAAAAACGAGCUCUAUUCCAUUCUAUGCAAGGGCAUCCCAAUGAAUGAUGGUGAACUGUGGUUUUCUCUUGCAAAAAAUGGAAAGAAGUGCUUUUUGCAAUCAGCAACACUGGCUUUGGAUCAAAAAGGUUGGAGCUGGACUUCUUCACCCGAAUCAAGAUUUAAACUAGUGGCUUUUGAUCCAGUUUUCGACAGCUUUCACAUAUAUUGCAGACCUAGAAUGCAAUCACUUGGAACAAACUAUGCUGCUUACCUUGUUUACAAAUUACAAGAAACCCAUUUUUGGCAUGAACCUCCUGUGCGUGUGAGGAGUGAUAAAUAUGCAAACGUUUAUUCAUGGUAUAUAUAUUUACUUAGUCCCCGAACACCGGUUAUUAAACCAAAGGCUUAUCAAAAUACCCACAACCCGUUGAGUAGACCCAAAAUAUUGAAAGGCCUCCCACAGAAAAGGAACGAUGGUUGGAUGGAAGUACAAGUAUUGGAAUAUCAAUUUGGUGAUGCCUAUGAACGUUUUGUUGAUGAAAAGUUUGGCCAUGAUCUUCAUUUGACCUUUUAUGAUACCCCUUCAUUUGGAAUGAAAGGGCUUAUUGUGCAAGGCAUUGAGUACAGACCAAUUAUAUAAUCUUGUAAUAUUUUAAUUCUACAGCUACAACACGAUCUUAGUUAUAUAAUCUUGUAACUAAAUUUAAAACACACGUUGUUGAUUUGGUCUUUUCUCUUAAUUUCCUCAUAUCCAGAAUGACUAUUGUUUAUUUAAGUAUUUCAAAUGUUCCCCAACAUUCUUUACAAAUGUAUCUA